CCUCUCUCUCUCUCUCUCUCUCUCUCUCUCUCUCAAACAAACCACCAAAUGAAGCUGCUCACCGGAAUCCACCACCGCUCCGGCCACUGCAGAUUUUCAUUUCAUCAAUGACAAAACUACCCUUCUCCUCCAUCAUCACCCUCUUCACAUUUCUCACUCUUUUCUCAUCCAAAACCCACUCCCUAGGCUCCGGUUCAACCAUUGCCGCCACCGCCUCCGCCAUCUGCGGAAUAGCGGCGGCGAGGAAUACCCAGUACAUAGUUUGCUAUAAAGAUGGAAACUCCAUCACCGUUGAGCCGACCAUCUCCUUCUCCGCCAUCUCCGGAGGCCGUGAUUUCCUCUGCGGCAUCCGGUCCGGCGGCUACGCAUUUUUAUGCUGGGACACGACCAGCUCAAAUUCUCCGGUGGGUUUUAAUAACCCACAAAGAGUUUACUUUAAUAGGACUGUUUUAUUACAGAAUUUUGCCGUUGGUGGUGACCAAGUGUGUGGAGUUUUAAACGACACCGUUUUGAAUGAUACCGGAAUUGUUCAGUGUUGGAGAGGAGACGGUAAUUCCGGUGAGCAGUUGGUGGGUGGUGAUAGAUUUGAGGUAAUUUCAUCUGGGUUUGGUUUUAAUUGUGGGAUUUUGAAGAAUACUAAGAGAAUUAAGUGUUGGGGUAAUAAUACAAUUGCUUUAGAAAUUGAGGGUCAAUUUGCAAAUAUGUCCAUGUUGAGUAUUUCAGCGGGUGGUUCACAUGUUUGUGGAGUGAAUUCAAUUGGGUUUUUGAUUUGUAAAGGUGAUAAUAGUUUUGGUCAGUUAGAUAUUCCUUUGAAUUCUUUAGCAUUUGAGUAUUCACAAUUAGCUCUUGGUGUUGAUCAUAGUUGUGCUAUUAGAACGGGUAACGGAUCGGUCGUUUGUUGGGGCGGAAACGGAGCGUAUUCGGUUAGUGGUACUGGUGGCGUUGCAUUUGAGUCGAUUGUUUCGAGUUCAACUUUUAGUUGUGGAUUGAUUACUAGUAAUUUUUCGGUUAUGUGUUGGGGUCCUGGUUGGUCUAAUGUUGAUGAUUCGGGUGUUCAGAUUGUUCCGUUGCCCGAUGAAAUUCUUCCGGGGCCUUGUGAACAAUCUGCUUGUGAAGGUCGGAAAAUGUAUCCUGAUUCUGAUAGAUUGUGUUCUGGUUCAGGGAAUGUUUGUUAUCCGCCAGGGUUAAAUGUUUCGAGGCUGUUUCCAUUAUCACCACCGCCGGUUUCGCCAUUUCCGCCAGCUGUAUUGCCUUCCCCGUCGUCUCCGUCAAAGGAAUUGACAACUGGGUUGUUGGUGUUUUGUGUAGUGGGAUCAGUUGGCGGUUUCGCUGGCAUUUGUACGAUUAUCUAUUGCUUGUGGGCUGGUGUUUGUUUUGGUAAAAAGAAGGUGCAUAAUUCAGUUCAGCCUACAAUAACUAGAGGCGGUUCGAAUGGUGGUGGAGCAUCGAAUAAUAGUGGUAUUCUUUCGAGAUCGUCUACAAUUAUGCGCCAGGGCUCAAGGGCAAUGAGGCGACAGAGGAGCGGAACUUCAUCAAAGCAUCCUGAUAAAGCUGAGGAAUUUAGUCUUGCUGAGCUAGCUGCUGCUACCAAUGGUUUCUCACUCGAGAACAAGAUUGGUGCAGGGAGUUUUGGUGUGGUUUAUAAGGGUAAAUUAAGCGAUGGUCGUGAAGUGGCGAUUAAGAGAGGCGAAACGGGGCAGAAGACGAAAAAGUUUCAAGAGAAGGAGAGUGCAUUUGAUUCUGAAUUGGCAUUUUUGUCUAGGGUUCACCACAAGCAUUUGGUAAGGCUCGUCGGUUAUUGCGAAGAUGGCGAUGAGAGGCUUUUAGUAUACGAAUACAUGAAGAACGGAGCGUUAUAUGAUCAUUUGCACGACAAGAACAACAUUCAUAAGAGUAGUGAUAUGAUCAAUUUCUGGAAAGUGAGAAUCAAGAUUGCAUUAGAUGCUGCCAGAGGAAUCGAAUAUCUGCACAAUUAUGCAGUCCCGUCGAUAAUUCAUCGAGACAUUAAGUCAUCAAACAUCUUGCUGGACGCGAAUUGGGCAGCGAGAGUAUCCGAUUUCGGAUUGUCAAUGAUGGGGCCUGAAUCCGAAAGAGAUUACAGGCCAACGAAAGCAGCCGGAACAGUAGGUUACAUCGAUCCAGAAUACUACGGAUUAAAUGUGUUAACUGCAAAGAGUGACGUGUACGGCCUCGGUGUGGUGUUGUUAGAACUUUUGACGGGGAAGAGAGCAAUAUUUAAGGGCGAUGAUAACGGAGGAACACCGACAAGUAUAGUUGAUUUUGCAGUGCCGAGAAUAAUGUCGGGUGAAUUGAAUAAGGUAUUAGAUCAUCGUGUUGGUCCGCCGGAACUUAACGAAGCGGAAGCCGUAGAAUUAGUAGCAUAUACAGCAUUAAAUUGUGUGAAUUUGGAAGGGAAAGAUAGGCCAACUAUGAGUGACAUUGUUGCUAAUUUAGAAAGAGCUUUGUCUCUCUGUGAUAGUAGCCAUGGCAGCAUCUCUAGCGGUACGAUGUCGAUUAUUUCGGAAUGAAAACGAGGCGAAAACAAAGCAAAUCCAUUUUUUUUUAAUUUUUCUUAGAUAAUUUCUUCAUUAUACUUUUUGAAUUGAUGUAAAGAAUUAGGAGAUUUACCUUUUAUUAAUUUAUUUUUUGGAUAAAUUAUUAGAGGAAUUAUUAGUUUCUUCUAACAUUGAGCUGUAGUUUAGAAUUUUAUGAACACUGACAGCAAUGAGAAUGAUUAUUUGAUUUA